GCACACACGGCGGUGAUUGGCCAGAGGUUGAUCAGAUGGUACACUUCCCCUCUGUAUCCAGUGGCACCUCACAGCCCCCCUUUCAGCAAAAACCAAAUCUCCGAUAAAGUAAUGGCAAAAGCACUUGGACUAUAAAAGACAACAAAUCAUAUUCCUCCGGAGUAAAUACACCCCGUUGUCCACCCAAUGAGUUCCUAUUUCGUUAACUCAACUUUCCCCGUCUCUCUGCCGGGAGGACAGGACUCUCUCCUGGGUCAGAUACCGCUCUACUCCUCGGGAUACACGGACCCGUUGAGGCACUACUCCAACGCGGCCACGUAUGGAGCGGCCAACAUGCAGGAGAAGGUCUACCCGGCUUCCUACUACCAGCAGUCGGGCGCGGCGGCGGCGGCGGCCAUCUACGGCCGCGCUGCCGCUGGCGGCGGAGCGCCCUGCGACUACAACCCCGUGGGCACUUUCUACAAAGACGCGGAGGGCUCGUGCGCUUUCUCGAGCGGCCGCGAGGAGCAGCCGCUGUUCGUCACACAGGAGCACCAGCAGCGCAAAGCGGAGUGCGCGGAGCAAGCUGUCAGCAUGAGCGGCAGCAUCGACGACAAGUCCUCCACUCUCAUCUACCCCUGGAUGCAGAGGAUGAACGCCUGCUCCGCCGGCCCAUUUGGCAGCAGCGGCCGCAGGGGCCGGCAGACCUACACUCGCUACCAGACCCUGGAGCUGGAGAAGGAGUUUCACUUCAACCGCUACCUGACUCGGAGGCGCCGGAUAGAGAUCUCCCACGCCCUGUGCCUGACGGAGAGACAGAUCAAAAUCUGGUUCCAGAACCGCAGGAUGAAGUGGAAAAAGGAGAACAAACUCCUGAAUCCCUCAAAGACAGCCGAGGAGGAGGAGCAGGAGCAGGCAGAGAAGAAGAGCUAAACUACAAAGGGGACUCUGAGAUAAAAAAAGGAAGAAACGCUUGAGUGUGUGUGUGUGUGUGUGUGUGUGUGUGCACACAGAAAAUGAUGUAUAAAUUCUUUGUAGAUAUAAUAAGCAGUGCUGCAGAAACCCCACGUUGGGACGUGUAGAAUGACUGAGUAUUUGCACGGUGACUCUGUCUGCAUUGAUCAGGUCCUCCUCUGUUUGUUUGUCCUCUUGUCUUUAUUUUAGAGGACUAUGCAACAACCCGCCAAACUGUAAAUAAAUCCCAGUGUUCCUAGUUCUCAGCGUUGUUACCUCAUCACUGUAGGCCCGCUGGGUCCCACCUUUAUUUAAUCUCCAUGUCAUUAAAGCAGGUUUUUGUCACUUGUUGUGUAGUUGCUCUGAUGUGAUUCUGUGAUAUAGUCAAUAGGCUUGUUGUUUAACGAUGGGUUCAAUUUGUACAAAUGUUAUUUAUUGUUGUUUCACGUGUUCAAUGCACAUAUGGAUAUUGUGUGCAAUAUUUUCUUUAGAGGAAUUGUACAUAUAAGAAAAAUAAAGGCUUUUUUGAUGUAAA